GCUAAUAUCAAGACACGUCGACAGAUCCCGUAACGUCGAAAAUUUGUGACCACUAACUUUCUUUUCUCCACCUUCCACUUCAUUCAGUGAAAAUUAAACAACCAAAUCAAAGAUUCCACCGAGAGCCAAAACCAUGGCUCUGUUUCAGGAGAAGCUGUUACUUUCCUCAACUAGUUCAUCAUUCCAUUCUCUUCCCAGAAAAUUUGCGCCCGAGCCUCGUACUAGAAUCGCCGUGAAAAGGCCCCGUUCGGUUUGCAGAGCUUCGUGGCAAGAGCUCGCCGGUGUGUUGGUUUUCUCGGCGAUACCGUUCACGGCGGUUAAAGCAAUCGCGAAUAGCUCGUUGGGUGAAUCUCUGCGGCGGAGACUGGAAGAGAAAAAGAAAGAGGCCGUGGAGAAUGCUUCCAGAUUCAAGGCUAAAGCUCUAAAGGCUAGAAGCGACAGCAAGUGGUAUGGAGAAGAACGUCCCCGCUGGUUUGGUCCAGUCCCAUAUGAUUAUCCACCAUACCUUACAGGAGAACUUCCUGGAGAUUAUGGAUUCGACAUUGCAGGACUUGGCAAGGACCGUUUGGCUUUUAAUAAGUACUUCAACUUUGAAAUACUUCACGCUCGUUGGGCCAUGCUUGCAGCGUUGGGUGCUCUAAUCCCAGAAGUAUUCGAUCUCACUGGAGCUUUUCAUUUCGCUGAACCCGUAUGGUGGCGAGUCGGUUAUUCCAAGCUUCAGGGAGAGACGUUGGACUACCUAGGCAUUCCAGGUCUCCACGUAGCUGGAAGCCAAGGUGUUAUUGUUAUUGCCAUUUGCCAAGUACUCUUAAUGGUUGGACCGGAGUACGCAAGAUACUGUGGCAUUGAGGCUUUAGAGCCACUGGGGAUUUACUUGCCAGGAGACAUAAACUAUCCAGGAGGGAAGCUUUUCGAUCCCUUGAACCUCUCCGAGGACCCUGUAGCUUUUGAGGAUCUUAAGGUUAAAGAGAUUAAAAACGGGAGACUAGCGAUGGUCGCGUGGCUUGGUUUCUACGCACAGGCUGCUUUCACUGGCAAAGGUCCUGUUCAAAAUCUUGUUGACCAUGUCUCUGAUCCAUUACAUAACAAUCUGCUUGCCACGCUUCAGACAUGAAAAAAGAAAGACUAUGUAAAUAUGACAAUGCGUGGAUGUGUUAUUUAAAGUAACAAGGAUAUUACUCUUGUCAUGCGUUUGUUAUAUAAUACAUUCAUACUAGUAUAUAUACAACACAUGACAUCUAUGGGAUGGUUACAAAAGCGGAUACAGACAGCUUUUGCGGU